CAGCUGGCUUUAACAGCUGGCCCAACAGAACCCACCGAGCCAGCAGAUCCGCAGUUCCGCAGUCCGCAGUCCGCAGUCCAGCCGUGGCCAGGCCCAGCAGUCGUCGCCAAUCAUUCAUUCAUUGACCCGCACCUCUCAAACAAGAAAUCAAUCAAAAUCGAAGUUGAAGCCGGAUGCCCGUCGUGCGCCCGCCUGUCGACCGGGUGCAUGGUCCUGCGCCAGGAUUGGCUUGCCUCAUCCAGUGUCCAACCAGCCAGCCGCACCACUAGCCGCAUCGUCGUCUCCCUCCGUGCGCUGGCUUCAAUCACGCCAUCCAUCAGAUCCAACCAGGCAGACGCCACUCAUGCCGGCCAGCCCUUGGACCCGUGUCUGCGGUCAGCCGGGGGUGACCGCUGUGCACUGGCCGUGAUGUGCUGAGCCCGGAGGAGGCCAGGCCGGCGGUUGGUCUACGCUGCUCCGCUGGGCCCGUAAGACUGAAAAUUGACAGUGCCCGUAAACCCGUAGCGCCCGCUUGGCCCGCUUGGCCCGCUGAGCGACAAAAUGGACGAGUACGAUCGACAAUGGUCGGGCAUGCAAAAGUACUUGCCCUUUUUGGACAAGAUGAUCGCCAAGUUGGAGCGCACCCGCGACCAGACCAAGGACCCCCAAUUGGCCAAGAUGAAGUCCCUCCAUCACAUCCUCACCGACACCGACAAGAAACUCAAGCUCGAGACCCUCCUCAAGUGCCAAGAGGUGCUCGUCAAGCUCUAUCAGAAGGUGGAAGGGCCGCCCAUUCCCACCCCGCCUUCGGCCUCGCCGGCCUCGCCUCCAGCCGAGCCCCGUCCCGCCUCCCGCCCCACCUCGCCGCCCCGGACGGCUAGUCGACCGGCCGAUCGGCGACCCAGUCAUCGCCCGGAUGAAGCCCGUGCCCCUCGUGGGGAGCGCGGGAACCGCUCGGAUCGUUCGGAUCGCCCCCCUCGCUCCGAAUCCCUUGAUCGACGCGACCCUGGCUCAGUCUCGCCUCAUCGCACCUUCCGACCCGCGCCUGGGCCCACCUUUCCCCGCGGCGGGAUGGCUCGACCGCCGGCCGGUCGCAUCAACCCUUGGCAGUCGUCGCUCGGGGCCCGACCCCUCCGUCCCGGUCUCGAUCCUUGGCGUCCCGGUCCGCCCCAUCGGGCGCCCCGGCCCUUUUGGCGGGGCGGUCGGGGGGGAUUUGAACCUCCCUUUCGAGGUGGAUUUAGCCGAAGUGGACCUCCGCGGGAGUUGAUUUCGCCUUGGUCAGCCCCACCCACCCAUGGGCCUCGUCCCGGUUGGUUGGGUCCGGGUGGGCCCCGCGCAUCCCACCCCGACGCCUUUGAUGAACCCGUGUUUGACCAUGGUCCUGGCCCGAUCCCCAACGCUCUCCGGGGUCGGGAUCGCGCUCGUGACCGGGUCGAUUUUGAAAAUCGAUUUGGAGGCUCUCAUGACGAUUAUGAGCGGGAUCUUAUUGAACGGCCGGAUUUUAACCGCCCAUUUGAUCGCUAUCGAGAAAAUGGUCCUGUCGCUCAUCCUCGCCAGCCGAAUUAUCGUUCGGAUCGUCAGCUGCCUGACGCGUUCCCUGAGCGUCAUCCUCGAUCGGGUACCCAGGCCCGACCCAGUCGAUGGAGCUCAGACGACCGCAUCCCACCACUGGCUGAGCGCGAGCCCCAUUCUCAUCGCGAUUUCCGGUCCGACCGCCGUCAGUCCCCCUCCUUGGUGCAUCGUUUACCCCAGAAAAGUCCUCAUCCCUUAGACGCCAAACCGCGACGAGAUCCACGGGUCAGCUCCUCAUCAGUGAUCGAGUCACCCGCCUCGCCCCCGCCCGAGACUUUGUCCGACUCUCGACUGGAAACCCCUCAGUCACCUCCUUUAGAAACCCCGCUUUCCCCUAGUCCGGCUUCCCCUAGUCCGGCGUCACCUCCAUCGCCCCGCUCGAUACCUAUGAACACACCCAUGUCACCCCGGGCGAAUCAACCGUCUGUGAAAUUAGAGCCCAAAGUGAUCCCCCUCGAAAGACAGAGUGCCCCGUUGUCGCCCUCGACCACUUCAUCAACCACCACUACCACCACCGCCGUGAUACCUAAAAUCCCCAAGAUUCGGUUAGACUCGACCUUGGGUAAUGGUUUGCUUCCCUUGCCCACUAGUCAGCCACGUGGUAACGGAUUGCUUCCCACACCUCGCACCCGGCUUCCCUUACAGCCACGACCAGUGGCACCUCAAACUCUUUCAUCCAAUCGGACUGUCCUCAGUCAAGAUCACCGUCCACCCCGCCAUCCUUUGCCAAGUCGAGGUCCGCCCUCUGAUUCGCAGAACUCUCCCUUUUACAUGCACAAACAGUUUUCUACGUACGGUGAAUACCGCAAAUGGAAGCAAGAGCAAGAUCGCCUCCAGUUACGUGAACAACCCGAGGAUCCGGUCCCUGAUUCGACUACCAACGGAGAUGCUUCCAAUAGCGAGCGAAACCAAGCCAUUGCCAGCUUUAAGAUUCCAAAAAAGAAGCGACUCAAUUCAGCCGAUGAGCCCAUGAGUUCCAAAAGCUUUGACGAGAGCCAUGAUGAAACGGCCAAAGAGAGCGAGUCCGACCAAUCGGAAAAUGAAUUGAAGGUCAUUGAGAACGAGGACAGUCAAAGUGAGAGUGAAGAUCCGUCUUCGCCGUCCAGUCAGAAACCGAAAGCCACCCACACGGAGGCCUGCCUUGGGUCCAAAGAUCGGACUCAGCAAAUGCUCAAGAAUAUCGUCGCAGCUCUAGAGCCAGAGGAGGCCAAGAAGUUACUUCAAAGGGCGAAUGAUCUAGAAAGUGCCGGGAAACUAAGUCUGAAACAAUUGAAAUAUCUCUUGGCAGACGAUUCUGAUUCAGAUGAGCCCACUCCAGAGUCGAAGCCGACACUGAAGAAAGCUCUAGUCCCCGAGGAAAGCUCUUCAAAGCAGUCGGUAGUGCAUCCAUCGAGUGGUAAACCGCAAAAGAGCUCAACAAAGCAAAGUGUUCGACGAUCCAGGCGAUUGUUGGAACCCGUGGAACCUGCUGUGAAAGAUCAAAACAUCUCGAGUUCAAGCGUCACAUCCGAGGUCGUUGAUGGUUCUAAUAAAGACUCGACGGACAACGAAGAUAAUGUUGACGACGAUGAUGAUGACGACGACGACGACGACGAAGACCAACUGGUGAUUGAUGAAGGUGAUACUAGUGUCGGGAAGGAUGAACCCCCAAGUGAAGGGGCUACACCUCCAAGUCUUGAUGCUCUCUCCUCUCCUCCACCCCCUUUGAAAAGAAGGGGAAGGCCGCCCAAGAAAUUGAAACUAGAUCCAAUUGCAAAGAUAGAAUCGAAAGGAAAGGAAGUUGACAUCAAUGCUGAAACUGACCUGGAAGUGCGAACAACAAGAAGUCAAACCGGGCUCAAAGUUGAUGGGUCGGCUCCUAAAAGUAAGACCUGGUUUCCUGGCUCACUUAAUGUCAAGACUGGGUCCCGAAAGAGACCUUUUUCAUCACCAGAACCUCCUCCUCCUCCUCCUCCUCCUCCUGCUUCCACCGUGGUGGUUAAAAAAGAGCCCAAGGAUCCGGAUUUGAGUGUUUUUACUGGCACGGAAGAGAUCGUUUUUAAACGGCGGGAGUUCAUUAGAAAAGACUUUGAAAACGUCUCCAAUGUUCGAAGCAGUGUCAAAACUCGAAUUGGGGCCCUUGAAGGACUUUUGAGUAAACUGAACGAUGAGACCAAUGACGCCCCGAAAGAAGAUCCAAAGCCAAAUGCGAUGACAAAGGCCACUCCAGAAGUCGAAAAAGUGUCGACUGAUAUCGUCGAUCUUGGACCCAUGAUAGUGACUCGAUCCCCAAACACUUACACCAAUCACAUAUCAUCUCUCAUUGAUCAACUCAAAACCAACGUUAAGAGUAUUCCAGAUGAGCGGGAGGAUUUGAGCGGAAAUCCCGUUCAAAAAGUGGACUUACUGACAUUAGUCAAGGGUUGGCAAGUGGAUGAGAUCGUAUUUAAGGCGGAAGAGAGCUCAUUGCUGGCUCCAGAUCCACAUCACACCUCGUUACCGGCCGAUGAUUCCACGUUUGUGGCCUCGUUUAGUGCUAAAUUAGAAGCAGAAAGGCAUAGCCCCGACAAGUUGAAGGACGCCAAAUUAGCCCAAUUAGGGCCGGAAUGUAUCAGUGACCUCUUCAAGUGUGCCGCGUCCCAUUGUGCUUUCAGUAGUGAUGACGCCGCCGAGUUCCUUUACCAUCUGGAUCACAUUCACGCGUGCAAGCCUGAGCAGAUUGAUGGCGAUCAAUGUUUGGAAUGUGUUUUAUGCUUGGAUCAAUUCUUCACCUCCGAAAUGCUAGUGGGUCAUAUCGUGCGCGCCCAUGGAUCGGCCAAAUUCCAAUGUCCCUAUUGCUACUAUCGUUGUGGAUCCAAAUUGAGUUUGAUGGUGCAUCAACAGAACCUUCACCCGGAUUCCAACCACGGCUAUUUCGAGUGUCGAGGCAUUUUGGGGGGUGAACAAGAGGACGAUGAUGAUGAGGCGGCACUGCCUCUUUUCACGUGCAAUAAGUGUGGGAAACUCUGUGAAAGUGAACUCGACUUCUACACCCAUUUAGAAGUCCAUGAUCCCAUGGGCAAACAGUCAGAUUUUGUGUGUCCACAUUGCAGUCGGUGUUGCUCGAAUAUCCAAGAGUUUGUGUUCCAUUCCAUACAGACCCAUUGGGAUCAGCCGUUGAAGGUGCUGUUCAGGUACUUUGAUCUUCAUGCGAGAAGGCUGUUGGAAAUUGAAAAAACCUCGGCCGUUUCGAGUGAUGAGUAUGAUGUGUGCGAGUAUGAUAACGAGGGACUUGAUUCAUGUGAUGACCUGCCCGAGCACAAAGAGACUCAAGUGGCCAAGGAGGGUUUCAAGUCAGUGAGCAUGGAAACCGUAGAUGGCCUUGAAGGCACAGAUUUAUUCCAAUGCGGAGGUAAAAACUGUGAUUACGCAGGCGAGCAAGUGGUUCAAUUAAAGGAUCAUCUCGUCACUUGUCUCAUGUCGCAAUCGUCUCUGAGUUGUCCUCACUGCGAUAUGAGCUUCAAGCAUGUUCCAACUCUGCUGGAGCAUCUGAAAACGCAUGGUAAGAAGCGCUAUUCUUGCAGUCUUUGCUCCUUCCGAUGUUCCAUUCCAAUGGUGGCCAGAAAUCACGGCCGAACCGCCCACAAAGUGACCAGUCUGAAGGUUGUGCCCCUCAUCCCCGGCAAGAACCACCCCGAACGAGAUCUCUUCCUAGUCACGCCUAAGCACGCCCUCUCCAAAGUAGGCUCGCAGCAAGAUACGUUCAGUCCGAGUGAGUUGUCAAAACUCUCUCAAAGGUGUUCCAUGUCUCGCGUCUUAUUGAGAUGUGGGGAUUGUGAUUUCUCCACCAAAGUGCGCAAGAAUCUAGAGAAGCAUCUCAAGCUUCAUUUGAAGCGCGCUCGCGAACCGCCCACCAUCACGCCCAUCAAUCCGCCUUCCAACGAGGAAAACCAUUCGUUCUCGAAAAUGACUCCGCUCAUUGACAUUUCCGAGGAGGAGAAGGCCAAGGCUCCCUUGCCCGAAGAAGAAAUGGCCGUGUUGCCGAUGCUUGUGCCGGAGACGGCACGAUUCACUUGCUCGGAUGUGGAGUGCAAUUACAGCACCAUCGACGAUUUCAUGCUUCUCAAUCAUAUCAUGGCGCUCCAUCCCGAACUGUCAGAGUAUCAGUGUCCUCAUUGUCCCAAUAACUUGGCCCCGGUUCCUUUGGACGAUUUGGAGUUCCAUCUUCGGUGUCACGGCGAUCUUCUAUUCCGAUGCGGUCAUUGUCACUACUUUCAUUGGCAAAAGAGAACCGCCGAGAAGCACGUGGCCGAUGAGCAUCCAAAUAGGAAGCAGUACGUUCGAGACAUUCGAAAAGAAAAGGAACAAAUCGUGCCCGUACCCCUGCCUGUUGAGAAGAAACCGGUGGAAAAGAAACCGGCCGAGCCGUUUGAAUACCGUCCAUACAAGUGCAGUUUGUGCGAUGUGAGUGAAAGUGAGUUGGCUAAGAUCCGAGACCAUUGCCAAAGUAUCCACGACAUGGCCCACCAAUACAAGUGCUCCAUGUGCCAAAUCACCUCAGACUCGAGAGUCGAAGUGGAGAAGCACAUAUUGGAUGCUCACCCUCAGCACGCCAAAAGUGUGACACCGCUCCGAAUGUUCUACAUCGAUCCAUCCAACUCUGAUUCCAGCUUAGAUGAGAAACGAGAUCCAUUGUGGAGUCGAAACAUGUCGGGUCUCAAGCACAUUCGGGGAAUUCUUUACGACGAGGAGCCAACCACUACCAACCCGUUCAAAGGCGACAAGAGCAAAGCCUUUUUCAAGGCCAGUCAUUCGCAAUCAAGUCAAUCAGGUGAAAAUCCGGCUGACAUUGAUUCGAAAGUCAUGGACGAGGCUGAUAAUUUUCCCAUGGAUUGCAAAGAAUGUGGCAUUCAGAAGAAGACCAUCAAAAGUCUCAAGAUGCACAUCAAGCUCCUUCACCUGCGAACUGGAAAGUUUUUGUGCUCUCGUUGUCAAUUCUCAGCCAACAUUCUCAAUUCCAUUCACACUCACUACAAGAUUCAACACCCAGAGGCUCAGAGCAAUCCUGAUUUUGAGGAACGCACCAACGAGACGAAAGUAUUCAGUCACGAGUAUUGGAACACUCAUUGGAACAUCCCGACCUUGCUGGAACGAAAAGCUAUUGUCGAGGAGAGACUGGGUGUGGGGCAGCAGCCACCCAAGAAGAAGAAAGGCCGGCCAAAGGGUUCGACUAAAGCGGCAGGUGUGAUUGGGCCGCUCAAAAGAGGGCGGAAAAGAAAAGAGCCUCCAGAUCACUGCGAAGGAACAUCCUCAACUACGGCUCAAGACAUAGGAAAGAGUUCCGCUACAUCUGAACCGCCCAUUUCUGCAGAGCCUCAACGACCUCAAGGAACAGCAGAUGUUUUGACGACCAAUUCGACACUUGAUAAGAUGACAGUCGCAGAGGCAGCCCCUCUUCCUCCUCCUCCUCCUCCUCCACUCCUCUCAGCACUAUCCCCACCACCUCAGGCUUUGGUUUCCCUUGACGUGGGAGUGGGAUCUCAAGUUUUGGACAAGAAAACCAAGGAGCGGAUCAUGGAGAUAUCUCCCUUUGAACGAACGCCCACUUUCAAGUGUGCAUUCUGCCCCAAAUAUUCUCAGAUCCAAGAAAAGUUGGAGCGUCAUGUACGUUCGGAGCAUUCAGACAAGGGUGGCAAUCCAAGUGAUUUCAAAGUACUAUCGCGGGACCAAGUGGUGGACAUGCUCACGGCCAAAGUGGGCUCCACAUCCGACUACAAGUGCUUUUUCUGUGACGACGUGAUCGGUCCCAUCUACGAGAUCAGGGAUCAUUUCAAUGCCCAGCAUCCCAAUGACAGCCUAAAGGUGCGCAGUUUCGCAGGCAAAGGUGUCAAAGGCUAUUUGGAGUGCCAGUUGUGUGGCCAUCUCACACCGGGUUUUGAGCGGUCCAAACAGAAAGCCCAUUUCCAUGAAGACCAUCCCCUCGAGUCGAGUGUGAGUGCGAGCAAGUAUGUGUCCAAAACUGGUGCUAGGACAUCCAUCGAAAAAGUCGACUUGAGCCGGUUCAUUGGCACCACCAUGUUCUGUCCCAGAGAGGAUUGCAAAUUCGAAGCCAAGACCCUCUCAGCCAUCAACAAUCACUUGAAGAAGCACACUCAAACAUACAAGUGUGGACAGUGCGGCAAGACCCAUAGCAACUUGUCGGAUUUUCAUCAGCACACAGCCAUGAUGCAUGGGGACAAGAUCCCGGAUCUGGUGAAGGAUCCCGAGGCUGAUGCCGAAUUCGAGGCUCUUCGAGGGCUCUUUGAAGCCGAACUGAUUGCUUUGGAAGAGGCCGAUAUCAGUUCGCAUUCGAAACCACCGACCGACAACUCCACCCACAAACGACAAAAUGUGGCCAAAAAGAGCACGAGUCGACAAGGCAAGCGAAGUGUAGCUCGUAAAUCCACCGGAGGAGCUCGCAACCUGGCCCCAUUUUCAAUUUAUGGCUUGAACAUCCAGCCUUUGAACUUGAACGAGAUCUCGACCCGAAUGUCCAUUAGUGGAAUGGAAAUCACAUUGAGUGCCAAGAAAAUGUCGGAACUGAUUCCUUUGGACCCUCGCGUGCUAGUUCGAGACUUGUCCAAGGAGAAACGAGAACAACAACGACGAGAUGAACCAUCCGAACAUGUCAUGGACACGUCAUGAUGAGCCUACUGUUUGCUUUGAUCUAUAAUUUAAGUAUUUAUUGCGCACCAGAUUACCAAUGGAAGUGAUACAAACUAAAUGAAACUCGG